AUGCCCAUCAUUACCACCAAGGAGCCUGCUUCGGCCGUCGCCGAGUCCCUCAAGGCCGAGGCCAGCGAGGCCAAGCCAGCGUACCUCGUCGUCUACGCCUCGCACCGCAACGGGCGCUCGUGGUGCGGUGACUGCACGGCGGCCGAGCCGUAUAUUGAGAAGAAGUUUGGCGGUAACGAGCACACUGUCCGGGUCGUCUACGCGGGGUUGCCUGAGGAGUGGAGGACGAAGGAGAACCCGUGGAGACAAGCGCCGUUCAACGUCACGAACCUGCCGACGCUGAUCAAGGUUUCUGGAGAGAAGAAGUGGGAAAAGCUGGUCGAGGCGGACGUCUACGACCAGAAGAAGCUCGACGGCUUCGUCGGCGGCAACAGCCACUAG